AUGUCGGAAAGAAAAUUUUGUUGUCUAUGUGUUAGUUUAUGUUCAUCAUAUAAAGAUUUGUUCAAUGAGCAGGGGGAGGCAACUGCUUACUAUGAAAUAACAUUCAAAUACUUUGAUCCAGUGUUGCUGAACGCUGAAGACGACAAAGAUUCCAAUGUAGUUUGUCUUAAAUGUUGGAAUACCAUAGACGACUUCUAUGAAUUUCAAAAGGUCAUACAAAAUGCCCAUCAAGAUUUACAGGAAAGUUUAAGGGAGAUUGCAAAGGAAGCUUUGAGCGUUGACGUUGAAAAUAGUUUGGAAAGAUGUCAUUUGGAAAAUCUAAAUACUGAAGUGCAGAAUGGAGUAAGCAGUAACGAAAAUUCGGAUUAUUCUGAUUUUGAAAUAGAAUCUAGCAUUGAACUUGAUGAAGAUGACAAAUCACUGAAUUUAGACUUAUCAAGCGCAAAAGAGAAUAUUACAAAUAUAAGAAAGAAUAUUAAAACCCCAACCCCAAAAGACGUACAGCUAAAGGAACCUUUAAACACAGAUGAAAUUAUUGCCCAAUGGAAGCCAUCACUGGAAUGCGUAGUAUGCUCCAUUAAGACAACGACUUUCGGUUUACUUCGGACACACUUCCGAAUACACCACCCCGAUCAGAAAUGCUACAUUACCUGUUGCGAGCUUAAAUUUUCCAAACGAUGUGACAUUUAUGAACACAUACAACUCCAUCUUGAUCCCAAUACAUUUAAAUGUAACGUUUGUGGCAAGUGUAGCACGAAUAGACGCAACUUAGCCAAACAUAUGAAGGACUUACAUACGAAAGAGGGACAAAUUCGUCCAUUUGAAUGCGACAUUUGCCAAAGACGUUUCAAAAAUCAAACCAAGUUGCGUACACACAAGGAUAUACAUAAAACGGAAUAUCUGUUUGCAUGUAGUAAAUGUGGCAAAGGAUUUUCAACGGAACAACGUAGGAAAGUACAUGAAAAUCUGGUGCAUGAUGUCGAUAGGGUUUGUGAUCAAUGUGGUAAGGUCAUACACGGUAUAUAUGCCCUCAAAAAACAUCUAUUGGAACAUCAAGGUGUAGAGAAACCUAAAUGGCCGUGUGAUCAAUGUGAUGUGCAACUUUAUUCCCAUUCAAGUUUAAAGCGUCAUAAACAAAUAAAACAUCAUGAUGGCACCACUGUAUAUAAAUGCGCCGAUUGUGGUAAACGUUAUCCAUCUGAAAGUGCUUUAUAUAGUCAUAAGCGAUUAGUUCAUACACUGGAGCGUAAACACAAAUGCAGUAUGUGUGAAAAAUCAUUUAAAUUUCCCAAAGGUUUAAGAGAACACAUGGCAUCGCAUAAAGGCAUUAAUCUAUAUCAAUGUCCACAUUGUCCAAAAACAUAUCGAAUGAGUUCCAAUCUACAUAAUCAUCGUAAAAAGGCACAUCCUGAAGAAUUUGAUAAAACUCGCAAGAAUAAACCUGUUAAAAAUAAACUCAACGUUGGCCUUAUACAAACAGAAAUUGUUAUGUGA